UGCGCAAGCGCAAUCCACAUUAGGAACCGCGUGGAAGUCUAGAAGGGACACGGGUUCUCUCAGGAGAGCAAAGAAGUUCAUAAUCGGAGAAAGACAAACAUAAUUAAAAUGCUUGUUUUGUUUGAAACUGCGGCUGGCUAUGCCAUAUUCAAAGUACUGGACGAGCAAAAACUCCAGCAGGUUGACAGUCUGUGGCAGGAGUUUGAAACUCCGGAAAAGGCGAACAAAAUGGUUAAACUGAAACACUUUGAGAAGUUCCAGGACACAACUGAAGCCUUGGCAGCGGCCACUGCCCUGGUCGAGGGGAAGAUUGGGAAGAGCCUGAAGAAGGUGCUUAAGAAGGUUGUGGCCAAAGAGGCCCAUGAGCAGCUAGCCAUCACCGAUAUUAAACUGGGUGGAGUCAUCAAGGAGAAGCUGAACCUGAACUGUGUGCACAGCCCGGCCGUGCACGAGCUCAUGAGGGGCAUCCGCAACCAGAUGGAGGUACUCAUCACUGGCCUGCCCCCCAGGGAGAUCAGCGCCAUGUCCCUCGGUCUCGCUCACAGUCUGUCCCGCUACAAGCUGAAGUUCAGUCCUGAUAAAGUGGACACCAUGAUCGUUCAGGCCAUUUCUCUGCUGGAUGACCUGGAUAAAGAACUAAAUAACUACAUCAUGCGCUGCAGAGAAUGGUACGGAUGGCACUUCCCAGAGGUCGGCAAAAUCAUCACAGACAAUUUGGCCUACUGCAAGAGCGUCCGAAAGAUUGGUGACCGCACCAACGUGGCAACCACAGAUCUCUCCGACUUCCUACCAGAGGAGGUGGAGGCAGAGGUCAAGCUGGCUGCUGAGAUCUCCAUGGGAACAGAAGUGUCUGAGGAGGACAUCAGGAACGUCAUGCAUCUGUGUGACCAGGUGAUCGAGAUCUCGGAGUACCGCACACAACUGUAUGACUACCUAAAGAACCGCAUGAUGGCCAUUGCCCCCAACCUCACAAUCAUGGUGGGAGAGUUGGUCGGAGCCCGCCUCAUUUCCCAUGCAGGUUCCCUUCUGAACUUGGCCAAACACCCUGCGUCCACCGUGCAGAUCUUGGGGGCGGAGAAAGCCCUGUUCAGAGCUCUUAAGACCCGCAGAGACACACCCAAAUAUGGUCUCAUUUACCACGCCUCCCUUGUGGGCCAGACGAGUGCCAAAAUGAAGGGCAAGAUCUCCAGGUCACUGGCCGCUAAAACGGCGUUGGCGAUCCGCUACGAUGCCCUGGGCGAAGACACAAACUCAGAGAUGGGUAUUGAGAACCGUGCCAAGCUGGAAGCUCGAGUGCGCCAACUAGAGGAGAGGGGUAUCCGGCGCAUCAGUGGAACAGGCAAAGCUCUGGCCAAGGCAGACAAAUACCAACACAAGAGUGACGUGAAAGUGUAUGACCCGUCGGGUGACUCCACGCUGCCCACCACCUCCAAGAAGAGGAAGAUCGAGGAAGUGGAACCGGCAGAGGAAGAGGAGGAGCAACCUGUGCAGUCCAAACCCAAAAAGAUAAAGAAGGAAAAGGCCGCCGCCGCCGCCGCUGAAGCAGAGGCCCCAGCGGAAGCGGAGGCGGAGACUGGAGAGCCAAAGAAGAAGAAAAAGAAGAAGCACAAGGCAGAGGCCGAGGCAGUAGUUGAAACGCCAGCAGAGCCAGAGGAGGAGGAAGCUGCCAGUCCGUCAGAAGAACAGACACCGAAAAAGAAAAAAAGAAGAAGAAGGCUAAGGAAGCAGAAGGAGAGUGAUGGACGAGUGCAUGAACCAAAUGAAUUAUUGGUUUAAAGUUCUUCUGUGUUUUUUUUUUUAUAUAGUGACUUUGUUUGUGGAACUGAGAGAGAGAAAAAAAAAAAAAGCUUUUUUUUUUUUUUUUUUACUUGAACAAUGUCAGCGAUCAUCUUAAGUAUUCCUAUAUGCUGUUUUCAUGAAAGUCACAGUUGUCCCAAUGGUCCAUUCAAUGAACUUCAUACAAAACGGUUCUUGGUCUCGUUUAAGGAGGGACUAGAGACCUAAUGAUUAUGUUAAUCAAACUGUAUACUAGUAUGCUGUUUUUUAAACGUAAGUGCAUAUUCUAUCUACCAGUCACAUUUUUCCUGACAUCAGCCCCUACAGAUGAGUCAUUUUUUGUAUAUGUAUCUAUAUGUUCUAUUGGUUGUUCAGAACGUCUGCUUCAUAAUGUGAAGAGCAGCAUGUUUGAGUUGGUAGUCCUUUCUAAAGCUGUCAGAGGGGUUUCAGGUCCCCGGAUGUGCAUCCGGUGGAGUCCUGGAUAAUAAAUGACUAUUUCUGUA